AUGGCGCGCUUCUCUCCUCAACAGAGCCGUCCCGUUCAUGCGACGCCGUUCUUGAACCACUCCACGACUCCAUCUGAUGCCAACUAUGACACUGCCAACCCUGCCUACAUUCGCAAAUAUCUCCGCACAUACGGCCUGACGCCCCCUCGAUCAGAAAGCUACGAGACGCAAAAGACGCGAUGCCUGGCUCAGCUGGCUCUGAAGCAGACCGAGAUCGACAAGUUCCAAUAUCUCAGCACUCUUCGCAAAAACAAUGUUCACCUAUUCUAUCGUCUGGUGACCGACCACCUCAGAGAAUUGACCCCCCUGAUCUACACACCCGUUGUCGGCGAGGCCUGUCAAAGGUGGUCUGAGAUCUAUCAACAGCCGGAGGGCAUGUACCUGAGCUGGGAAGAUCGCGGCAACUUGUCGGCUGUGAUCGCCAAUUGGCCCCAGCCCAAUGUGGAGAUCACAUGCAUUACUGACGGCUCCCGUAUCCUCGGACUCGGGGAUCUGGGCAUCAACGGCAUGGGCAUCCCCAUCGGAAAGCUCGCCCUCUACACCGCAUGUGCUGGUAUCCGUCCCGAGGCCACUCUGCCUCUGACUCUGGAUCUGGGCACGAGCAACAAGACCCUCCGGGAAGACCCGCUAUACAUGGGUAGCCGCCGUGAUAAGAUUUCUGCCGAGGAGGAGCGGGAGUUCCUGGAUGAGCUGAUGUCCGCCUUGACGGAACGCUGGCCUGGUAUCGUCAUUCAAUUCGAGGAUUUCAAGAAUCCCUUCCCCGCACUUGAGCGGUAUCGGGACUCUUACACGUGCUUUAACGACGACAUCCAGGGUACCGGUGCAGUGAUUCUUGGCGGUGUCAUCAAUGCGGUCAAGCGCUCCGGCCUGCCAUGCAAGGAUCACCGCGCCGUUUUCCUCGGUGCCGGUUCGGCCGGUGUCGGCGUCGCCAAGCAGAUUGUGGAGUUCUUCAUGCGCGAGGGCAUGACCGAGGAGGAGGCCCGCAACUGCUUCUACCUCGUGGAUACCAAGGGUCUUGUCACUGCCGACCGAGGUGACAAGCUCGCCGACCACAAGGUCUACUUUGCUCGCCAGGACAACAAGGGUCAACAGUUCAAGACUCUCGAGCAAGUUAUCGACCAUGUUCAGCCCACCAUCCUGAUGGGUCUGUCCACCCUGGGUGGUGUCUUCACUCCCGAGAUCCUCCGCAAGAUGGCCGACUGGAACACGGCUCCCAUCAUCUUCCCUCUUUCCAACCCUUCCUCCAAGUCCGAGUGCGACUUUGAGAGCGCUGUCAAGCACACCGACGGUCGCUGCCUCUUCGCCUCCGGCUCUCCCUUCCCCACCAUGUCCUUCACCAACUCCGCCGGGGAGACCCGCACCUACUACCCCGGACAGGGCAACAACAUGUACGUCUUCCCCGGUAUCGGCCUUGGCAGUAUUCUGUCCAAGGCGGUCCGUGUGACCGACAGCAUGAUCUACGCCUCCGGCGAGGCUCUCUCCGCUGCCCUGACCGCCGAGGAACUCGAGCGUGGUCUGCUGUACCCUGACAUUACUCGCAUCCGCGAGGUCAGCGUUGUGGUCACCCGCAAGGUGAUGCGUGCCGCCAUGGCCGAUGGUGUGGACCGCGAGACUGCUCUUCGCAAGAUGAGCGACUCGGAUCUCGACAACUACAUCAAGGCCCGCAUGUACGACCCCCAUACCGAGGUGCGCUCUCUUGAGCGUGAGGUUGGUCACUUGCUGUCCAGCCUCGGCAGCUUGUCGCCCAUUCUAAACGGUACCCCAACCGAGGAGAAGUCCAACGGUGCCAAGCUGUAA